CAAGAUCGUAUGUUUCUGAGACGUUCCUGCAAUAGGAAUUUCCAAAACUACGAAUCCCAGAGAACCUCAGUGCGCUCGCUAUUAAUGUCAAUAUGGCCACUGUCAGUCAGACAAAGGCGAAUCAGUCUCGCCACGAAAUGAAAUCAAAUUAGCAAGCUAGAGGAGAACGGAUGGCAUUGUGAAAACCGGCUGGUGCAUGUUCCGUGUCGGGGAUAUAGAAGAGGACUUGUCACGAGGACCAACUAAACACCGGUUUAUUAAAUGCUGUGGAGGACGGGGGACCUAGAUACAAAGAUCAAGGAUGUCUCAGUUCACCGAUGAGCCUCGCUUCACCAUCGAGCAGAUUGACCUGCUCCAACGGCUGAGGAGGACGGGGAUGACCAAGCCAGAGAUCCUCCACGCCCUGGAUACCCUGGACAGACUGGACCGCCAGCACGGACACAAGUUUGGACGCCGCCCCCAGACGCAGCCCCAGCCUGUCGGUCAGGGACCGACGUCCAAUAGCAAUGCUAAUAUGACGUCGUCCAAUAAUGCUGUGGCGUCUUCGUCGACGUCCACGGCCGCCACACAGACUGGUUACCAGGCGAAUGGGAAUGGCGGGAGUGGUCUGUCGCCGUCACCUAGCAACAACUAUGAUAUGUCGCCGCCCCCUCCGGCGGUUGUAUCUGCCCCUGUUGCUUUGGCAGCGGUGGCUCAGAACGGGUGUGGUGGGGUUGGUGGCGGCGGAGAGAUUGUUGCCAUGACGAACGGAAAGCUGUCUCCACCACGGUUUCCUAUCAGUGUUAGUGCGGUUAGUGGUGGCGUGACGGGGAGAGGCUACGGGUUUGAGACCAGCGAGGAGGAACUAGACGUGGACGACAAAGUGGAGCAACUCAUGAGAAGGGACAGUGCCAUAAUCAAGGAGGAGAUCAAGGUGUUCCUGGGGAACAGGCGCAUCUCUCAGGCCGUGGUGGCUCAGGUCACAGGUAUCAGUCAGAGUCGUAUCUCCCACUGGCUGCUCCAGCAGGGCUCGGACCUCAGUGAACAGAAGAAGAGGGCCUUCUACCGCUGGUACCAGUUGGAGAAGACCACCCCCGGUGCCACUCUGACGAUGCGGCCCGCCCCCAUGUCUCUGGAGGAUGUGGUUGAGUGGCGGCAGACUCCGCCCCCUAUAAGCUCCACCCCCGGGAGCUUCCGUCUGCGCCGAGGCAGUCGGUUCACCUGGAGGAAAGAAUGUCUGGCUGUGAUGGAGAGUUACUUCAAUGACAACCAGUACCCUGAUGAAGCUAAAAGAGAGGAGAUCGCUAACGCCUGCAACGCUGUCAUCCAGAAACCAGGGAAGAAGCUGUCUGAUCUGGAGAAAGUCACGUCUCUGAAGGUCUACAACUGGUUUGCCAACCGCCGCAAGGAGAUCAAGAGACGCGCCAACAUAGAAGCAGCAAUCCUGGAGAGUCAUGGGAUCGACGUCCAGAGUCCUGGAGGACACUCCAACGGCGAUGACAUUGAGGGGAAUGACUUCCCUGACCAGGGCUGUGAAGUCCCUCUGUUUGAGAAGAGAGCUGUUACCAGACCCUUCAGUCGACUAGACCUGUCCUCUCCCACACAGGUGCCCACCCUGCUGCCCAGCUGGCUGGCGGCUUGGCCCGGCUCGGGCAGGGGGGGCUUGGCUGCCCAGAGGGCUAGCUCUCUGAUUGGCCGCUCCUUGCUCUCUGGGUGGGGUCUCGCUCAGGGGGCGGGGAUGGAAGGUUCCAGACUGACAGGUGUGUCCUGGUCUCCCCCCUCCCCCCAGGAUGAUGACUCCACCAAUCACAGCAAUGCCCUGGAGCACCAGGAUCCCAUAGCCCUUGCCGUGGAGAUGGCGGCUGUCAAUCACAGCAUCCUCGCCCUGGCAACGCAGGCGGGGGGAGGAUUGGCCCUGGGCGGGACAGGAAGUGACAUCAAAACAGAGGUGCUGGACGACUAGGGAUGAGAGAGAAACAUGUAAUUCUGCAUUCAGAAUCAAAUGGGAAGGUGGUAAUUACCAGUUGUGAAGUCGCAAAAACGUGUUUGGAUGCAUUCACGCGCUUUGAACUCGUUGAGAAACGUACAGCUAUAAUGCUUGUAAACAAAUUAGUGUUCAAAAAACAUUAAUAUAACUAUAAAAAGCUAUGUUUUGUUGUUGCAUUUAACUGCCAAAACUGCUGUUAUCGAAGUCAUUUCCUUAGGUGACGUCAGAGUUCAGGAAUGAUAGACGGGUUUCCCAUUAGCAGCUACCAGUCAGUCGUAUAUGGUAAAUACCACAUUCCCACUUGGUUAUGAACGCAGCAUAUGAUUGUGUGUGCACACGAGCGUGCGUGCGUGCACGUGAGGAUGAGGCUAUAGUAGAGUAGGAAAAAUAUUUGUUGGGAGCAAGUAGAGCUUGUUGGAACAUUAUACUGUAAAUGAUGACCAAAAGUAAUGCAUAGGCUUAGAGACUGUCAAAGCUAAGGUAACAGGCCUCCCCUUACCUCUACCACCCCAUUUCCUAACCCCUUUAGACUGUUCUAGAGGUAUUGUGUUGGGUGGCCUGGCCCUAAAGUUGUCUAUGAAACAGUCAUACAGUGUAUGUACAGUGUGUGAGGUAUAUUAUGCUCUUGUCUGUGUGAGUCUAAAGAAUCAGAAUAGGUUAUUAUGGAACCCUGGACACCUCCCUCUAAGCAUAGAGGGCUCCUGCCUUGGCACCUUCUCCCCCAACGUGCGCAGUAUGCUAUUUGAUUCCUUGACUCCUCGCUCACUCCGUCUUUCUUCUCCACCUCACCCAGACAUAUUCUCUUUCUAUGUAUAGCCUUCUCUUUGGCUUUGCCUCUUACACUGUCUGUUCGCCCCUCCCUUUCCCCUCUCAUCUGUCUGCCCCUUUUCAUUUGUCUCCAUCUUCGCAGUAUAAGGGAGAGAGAGGUGAGGGUUCUCAACAGGCCUCUGUAAUCCCUAAAAUGUAUAAAUAUAUCCCCUUGUUGUAGCACUACCUAAGCUGGGUAGGUUUUAAAGCAAGUGAAAAUCAGACAUUCAUUAUAUUAUUGCUUGAGAGAGAGAGGACUCGUGCAAGCUAGUGAAAGGGGCCAUACGUGGUUGUUAUGGGGGUAACUAUAAGCAUAUUGAAGCUGUACCCAAACCAUUUGUUUUUAGCUUUUAACCGUAGCUUAGUCUGUUCCCUUAAAUUAAGGUGUCAUAAUCAUGUUCCCCAGUUGAGAGAGAAUGCAUUACUACACUGUUCAAAAAAUAAAGGGAACCCUUAAACAACACAUUGUAACUCCAAGUCAAUCACACUUCUGUGAAAUCAAACUGUCCACUUAGGAAGCAACACUGAUUGACAAUCAAUUUCACAUUCUGUUGUGCAAAUGGAAUAGACAACAGGUGGAAAUUAUAGGCAAUUAGCAAGACACCCCCAAUAAAGGAGUGGUUCUGCAGGUGGUGUCCACAGACCACUUCUCAGUUCCUAUGCUUCCUGGCUGAUGUUUUGGUCACUUUUGAAUGCUGGCGGUGCUUUCACUCUAGUGGUAGCAUGAGACGGAGUCUACAACCCACACAAGUGGCUCAGGUAGUGCAGCUCAUCCAGGAUGGCACAUCAAUGCGAGCUGUGGCAAGAAGGUUUGCUGUGUCUGUUAGCAUAGUGUCCAGAGCAUGGAGGAGCUACCAGGAGACAGGCCAGUACAUCAGGAGACGUGGAGGAGGCCAUAGGAGGGCAACAACCCAGCAGCAGGACCGCUACCUCCGCCUUUGUGCAAGGAGGAGCACUGCCAGAGCCCUGCAAAAUGACCUCCAGCAGGCCACAAAUGUGCAUGUGUCUGCUCAAACGGUCAGAAACAGACUCCAUGAGGGCCCGACGUCCACAAGUGGGGGUUGUGCUUACAGCCCAACACCGUGCAGGACGUUUGGCAUUUGCCAGAGAACACCAAGAUUGGCAAAUUCGCCACUGGCGCCCUGUGCUCUUCACAGAUGAAAGCAGGUUCACACUGAGCACAUGUGACAGAGUCUGGAGACGCCGUGAAGAACGUUCUGCUGCCUGCAACAUCCUCCAGCAUGACCGGUUUGGCGGUGGGUCAGUCAUGGUGUGGGGUGGCAUUUCUUUGGGGGGCCGCACAGCCCUCCAUGUGCUCGCCAGAGGUAGCCUGACUGCCAUUAGGUACCGAGAUGAGAUCCUCAGACCCCUUGUGAGACCAUAUGCUGGUGCGGUUGGCCCUGGGUUUCUCCUAAUGCAAGACAAUGCUAGACCUUAUGUGGCUGGAGUGUGUCAGCAGUUCCUGCAAGAGGAAGGCAUUGAUGCUAUGGACUGGCCCGCCCGUUCCCCAGACCUGAAUCCAAUUGAGCACAUCUGGGACAUCAUGUCUCGCUCCAUCCACCAAUGCCACGUUGCACCACAGACUGUCCAGGAGUUGGCGGAUGCUUUAGUCCAGGUCUGGGAGGAGAUCCCUCAGGAGACCAUCCGCCACCUCAUCAGUAGCAUGCCCAGGCAUUGUAGGGAGAUCAUACAGGCACGUGGAGGCCACACACUACUGAGCCUCAUUUGGAUUUGUUUUAAGGACAUUACAUCGAAGUUGGAUCAGCCUGUAGUGUGGUUUUCCACUUUAAUUUUGUGUGACUCCAAAUCCAGACCUCCAUGGGUUGAUAAUUUUUGUGAUUUUGUUGUCAGCACAUUCAACUAUGUAAAGAAAAAAGUAUUUAAUAAGAAUAUUUCAUUCAUUCAGAUCUAGGAUGUGUUAUUUUAGUGUUCCCUUUAUUUUUUUGAGCAGUGUAUUUUAAGAUUUACAAUGCACCCUUGAUUGGCAAUGUCCCUAUCACAGGAGGCUGCUGAGGGGAGGAAGGCUCAUAAUAAUGGCUGGAAUGGAGUAAAUUGAAAGGUAUCAAACUCAUGGACCAUGUGUUUGAAACCAUUCCGUUCCAGCCAUUAUUAUGAGCCCAUCCUCUCCAAUUAAGGUGCCAGCGGCUGCCUGUGGUCCCUAUUAUUCUUAGUACUGGGAGUAAUGCAAACACUUAUUUUUCUAUCCUUUAUAUGCCAUGACGUCUUCAACACAAGCUGUUAUCUAAGAUACUUUCUUUUAAAUUGUAUUUUCUCUUUUAAAAAUAAGUCACUUUAUGGGAGUAGCUACUAUGGGGCUUGAGUUUCCUGCCCUCGUAGCUUAUUGGUCGUUCUGAGUGAUUGACAGACCAGGCAAGCAAUAGGAGGAAGAGAGACUGAUCUGUUGGCUGACACAGGUUCAAAAGGUAAGGGGUCAAGUGUUAGGUCUACCUUUCCUUAUAAGCUAGGUUUCCCCACUCCCAGGUCGCUGCUUUUAAUGUGAAAUAAGUUGUAGGUGAAUAGCCUUUUUUUUUUUUGUACCUUAAAAGGGGUAGUUCAAAUUAAAGUUGACCAGAUUCAAACGUGAUUUUGUUGUGUAGGUUCCUGUUAUGAUGAAAUCAGCAGACCUCAAUCCCAAACUACUGAGAAACUUUCUCCUUGCCAGUUCCACACAACAGUCAUGGUGGGAUAUGGUCCCAGUUUAUUGUUAGACCACUUCUGAGCAGGGCUUGGAACCAGUUCAGGGAACAGAAACAACAAACAGAAUCAGAAUGAAGGUGAUCUAUACUGUUAUUUUAAAACCAUGGGAUCCGGCUAAUAAUGCUAUUUUACGUUCCGUUCAUUUUCUCUGUCGCGCAACAAACCGCCUAUGCAAAGCACUCACUCUGUCAUUAAGAAACUUAUUCCGGUGUCUGCCUCCCUGCCAGCUGAAAAUCUUUGCCAGUGUGCGUGUAGGCUACCUGCCCCUCCCCAUCCGAAGUAUUGUUUACUGUAGCCUACUGACAUUACAAGUGUGAUUCAGAAUUUAGGGAGAGCUAUUUGUAAUUAGAGAAGAAUGGAUUAACCUGUUCAAUGUUGGUUAUCACGUUUCACAUUGGAUUUAUUAACUACCAAAAGGUAAGAUGUGUUUUUAUUUGAAUUCUGGUGCCGCUCUUCACACACAAGCUUGUUAGCUAGCUCUGGUCCAACAUUAAGCCAACUCUUUGAAAAUAAAAGUUCCUCCAUAAAUGCCACUCCUCCACAUGUAUAAUUCUGUCGGCCUAAUUCAGAUAAUGCAUGUCAUAAGAUGCCCAGAGCUUCAAGCCAUCCUCUCGCUCUCUCCCCCCACUCGAUUUCAGAAGUUUAAAAAAAGAACAGAAAGAACAACAUUAAAAAAGUAACGGUUUUUCCCGUUCAAACCUCUGUGGGAACAGAGGAACGCAACAAAAAAAUAUGGUUCUGUUCAGAAUUAAACUAAUAAAUAAUUGGUUCCAACCCCUGCUUCUGAGGUAUUGAGAUGUUUGGAAAACGUUAGUGUCUCGUGACAUACUGUUAGCUGACCAAGUUGCAGAGAUGACUCACAAUUGAUGUUUGGGUGAACUGUCCCUUUUAGUAGGCCAAUAUAUAUUAAAUGACAGCCAAGCUGACCUGUUUCUGCUGCUUCCGAUGUUCCACUAACACCUAGUGCUUUGUUCUGUAUCAAAUAUGUAUCUUACAAGAUAAGACUGAGGCAGAAAAAAAACAUUUUAUUUUCGAUUUGUUACUUAAAUCUUUCCAUGUGUACAACUCUGGCAAGCAGAAAUGUAUAGUAUGAGAUGAAUCAUUGAAAUCAUGUUUUUCCAUUUUGAUAUGCAGUGGGCCCGAUUCAGACUUCGUAAAUGUACGCCUUUCCUAAGCACUUCUCAGUAGUUAGUAUUUAGACUUAACUUUUAUGUAGGUGCAUAAAGGGCUUUUCAGACGUGGUUCCCUUGUGCACACUGACUACAUUUAACUCUACUGCUGAAAACCCUCCCACUUUCUGGCCAGCUGAUUUUCUCUUGGAGUUUUCAGUCAAUAGGGUUUUCAGUACAUUUAUCUAAAGCCAUAACUUUAAAUUUGACACUCACUAGAACAGGGAUGGGCAACUCCAGUCCUUGGGGGGCAUGAUUUGGUGUGACACUUAACACACCUGACUCCAAUAAUCAAGAUCUUCAGUUUAGAAUGCAAUUAGUUUAUCCAGCGUGUUGUGUUUGUUAGGCAUGGGCCAAAAGUGACACCACUCCGGCCCCCGAGGACUGGAGUUGACCAUCCCUGCACUAGAAUAUAUGGAUCGAUGAAAGGCCAUGUAAAUACAUGCAUAUUAAUCUCAUUUUCAGCACCAAUCGGUAGAUUUAAAAAAUACUCUGAUCUUGUAUUAUUUAGGGUUAGGAAAGUAUUUAUAAAUAAUAACAGGUUUGGAGAGCCUUUAAGCAUGAUAGGUUGGUGAAUCAAAAAUAGUCGUAAAUAUGAAUCCUGAAAGUUGCCAUAUUCAAUUGUUCAAUCCAUUAAAUAUUGGAAAGUGUAGAAUAGGGGGAAUAAAGUUCCAUUUAUGCACGCAUAACUCGGGUCUGAGUCGGCCCCAAACUACCGUGUUUUUCAUUGCCCUAUUGUACUCUAUCAUCAAAGGCAAAACUUAUCCUUCAGGUUUCUGAGCUCUUUACUAGACUCUCGAGACUGUUUAACAAUUGUUAACGCCAUAUCAAGUAGCGAGCUAGCACAAGAUUUGGUUCUUUGGCAUCACCCAGAAUUUGAUGAAUCUGUCAAAUCUACAAAUUAAAUUGGUACUGUAUACAAAACCAGGUGAAAACAUAUUUGCUAAAGGACUGCUACUCAAUAAUGACCAUUAACCUCUGUGGGAGGGGUUUUGCCUUUAAAACUGAGGGAACAGCUAUUGCCAGUCCUCAUUCAUACAUAAUGUGAAUACAUGAAAUAACACAUAUUCUAGAAGAUGAAAUGAAUAUAAAUGAUUGAAAUCACUGUUGUAUCAGAUUGAAAUAGUUAAACGAGUCCUGUUAUCUUCUAUUUCAGAAUUUAGUGCCUUUUUUGGACAGUAGACUGUUCUGUAAUUAAUAUGUAGAAAUCUAUAUGCCUUUUGUUGCAUUUGUUUGAAAAACAUUUUGUUAACUUGUUUAUUUUAGUAUUGUACCUACUAAAGAAUAAAGAAAGAUGAACAAUGGGUCUGUGUUUUGUGAGCAACUAAAGUCUAGCUCUCAAUGUGUAUCAAUUGGCAUCAGAAGCUCAAAUUAGCAUUCUGCACUUAAUGAUGGAAGAUUAGUCUCGUAAAAAAACCCUGCAGAUGAUACAAAUCUGUAAAUCAAUUCAUUUUUUUUUAUUCUUUCCUUUACAGGGAGAUAAUUGUCCAGACAAUAAAAAAGAAUUAUAAAUGCAUUAUAAUAAAUGAUUAUUCUUUGGAUUUCAGCAGAGAAUUAAAUUAAUCAAAAUCCAAACUUGUGCCCAGAUUUUUAAGUCUUUAUAUAUACACAUACAUACAUACACCCAUUCGCUCCCACAGAUAUAGUGAAAUAAUACACUUCAUGACAACUGGCAGAGCAGAAUCAGAUACACAAAUCAUUGAGGACUAUUAUUGAUAACUCAAGACUCCAGGACGAGGCACAGACCAGAGCUGGUCUCAGGUCAGUCAGUAUGUCUAAAAUGUCACCCUAUUCUCUAUGCACUACAGGAAUAUAAUACUAUAGGGUGCCAUUUGAAGCAACCGUUGUAGAAGAAGAGUUGCACAAACACUCUGAAGAUCCGGCAGACAGGUUCCCCAUUUAGAACCCUCUACUGACAUGAGCUUCCAUUGGCACAUAAGCCAGCGCCCGACUUUGUACAGUGGUAGUUUGUCUGAUGUGGUCCACUGCUGGAUAUGGACAAGCCACAUGUAGUGUGAAGGAACAGUCUAAUAUUACACAGGUUUCUCCAUGGCUGGAGUUUGAGGGUUUCUAGUUAUGGAGUCUCGCAUUGCCAGACUUGGUAGUCUGGAGAAAGCCGAAGAUGGAGGUUUUUAGUUAAACCCAGAGAGGGACAGACAGAUUGACGUGAAGACUGACUGAAGGCCACGUAAAGGCAGGUGUCAUAUUGCUCUGAGCCUGUGUUGCCAUAGAUAGAGAUAUAUAGGAUAUGUAUAUAUUGGAAAGGAAGAUAAACAAAUAUACUCUUGAAAUCCCCCCCCCCCCUUCUGUGGAAUGAUACGGUAACUAUGGAUAUAUCCUUAAUCAAGUAUAGACAGUCGAUAACGGUCAAACUCAAUAUAAAACGUGGUUCUGAGCGCGUACAGUCACAUGAUCAAGUCCAUGAUGAUGAAAUUAAGUACUUAUGACACGUGCUAGUCUGAACUAGGAAACUCCACAUCUCGUUAAAGAGCUAACAGUUGGAAAUACAAACCGGUAAAAGCUACUGAAUAAUGAAAUGGGUUUGAAUCAGAGAUACUUGCGUGUCUCUGACUUCCUGAUGAGAAAGAGUAUGAGAGAAAGAAAGAGCGAGGCACGGAAAUAAAGAACUAGAUAAGCCUGAAGUGAUCUUAACCACUUUUCGGUCUCUGUGCAAAGAAGCAUGGACACGACAAAACUGAGGCCAAAUCCAUCCAAUACACUAUGGCUGCGUUUAGACAGGCAGCCGAAUUCUGAUCUUUUUCAUUUUCAGAGCUGAUCUGAUUGGUCAAAAGACCAAUUAGUGGGGAAAAAAAGAUUAGAAUUGGGCUGCCUGUCUAAACACAACCUACCUGCUCUCACAAUCUUCAUAUAACACACAUCUACUGUACGACACACGCACAUACCCUCAAACUCAAAUCCAUUCCUUAUAUUAGCACAAUGAUGAUCACUCAGUUAAAAGCUUGACACCAACUCAACCAUGACAAACAACUAUUAAAAACACCCUAGCUCUGCUAACAGCAACAUAAUGGGUCUGAGCGAAUCGGGUAAAGUACUUAAGGCAACCAUGACAAAUAAAACACUUGCUCAUCCCAUCUACUAGACUAUAUCUCCCAACUGGCCAGUCAUCGGCCCAUUGACAACUCCUCCUUACUCGGUCCCAUCUCAAGUGGUGUUUAAGGCUAAAAAUCAAGACUAUAAUCAAGAUUAACUCCCAAAAAGGACUUAUAAUACCAAUGAUCAGAUCACUUUACAGCUAUAUUACAGUUGCUAUAGCAGCAUCAUUCCUCAUAGAAUUACUUGUGCAAUCAAUGUUUUUCAGUAUAAUUUAAAAGGCUUAGUCUUUUUCACAUGAUAAAGGCAUAUGUCAACCAUUACAAUAUAUAUCUAUAUGUCAUAGCAAAUUUAGACCUUUCUUAUUAAAGAAAUGGCAUAGCGUUGGGGCGACGGGGUAUAUCUUACAGAUAGAUCAUUUAUGUUGUGACUUCACGCCAUGCUUGCUGAAUGGACUAGUGUUAAAAGGUAUAGUCAUAACAAAAUGACAUUGUUCAUAGACUGCUUACAGGGUGAGGAAACAAGGUAUGACAGCAAUCCAUGCUUUGGUUUAGUUUCCCUGGCACCGUUUCCACAUGUUAGCAUUUGUGGCACAAAUUCCAUUCAAGUCAUGGGAUCGAUAAGAGCGUUUGUUGCGCAUCAUGUACAAAACAUUUUACAAGUGACUUUAUUGAGUUUCACAAGCAAUUGUAGAUACUGAUGAUUUGGAUAUGUGCAAAGAAUGCUAAUAUGGGAUUAAAGCAUGGGUUGUUGUCAUGCCUUGUCCAUAGACUACAGGGUGAGGAAACCAAUGUGUAAUGUUGGAAUUUGGGUGAAGUAUCCCUUUAACACACAUUGAGUCCUGUCAGAGCUUGUGACUCAGCUCACAAGGUGAGAGCGCACAGUUUCUUUUAAUGAAACUUCUGUCUAAUGAAAAUGAUUUACGAGGGAUCAAUGAAACAUAAAUGAAAACUCCAUAGUGUCCCUCAUUACACAUCCUUCAACUCUCAACCUGGAAUUUGCAUUCAAACAAAUUUGCUCCUAAAGCUUUGAAACGAUAUAUUUUUUAAAUGUAACAAAAGAAUAUGCUUCCACAUUCUUGAUUCCCUUCAUCUCCCAAAGUCAUUGAGUCAGUAUGUACAUUUCAGACCCCAUUACAGAUCUGAUUCUAAAAAUAACAGGUGAACGCAUGCGUAGAAGAGAUGUUCCCCCAAACACAAAUCAAAGACCAGCUUCCAUCCAACUUCCGCUCCACACGUUACAUGACGUUAAACAUUGAUACAACGUUACACAACACCAGCACACACACCAUACAUAUAUGCCACUGCUACUUCCUCAAACCGUUCUAAAACCAUAGGCACCCAUUUUUCUAACACAGAUCACUACAGUCACCACCAAACUAGGGAUAAACCUCUACUGUGCAAAGUCUCCUCCCUAUGAGCAAAAUAUGUAUUUUUGACCAAUUUAGCACACUGGGCUUCUUCUCAUAAUGGAACCAUCUUUCAACCUACUUCUCCACUUA